UCGAAAGAUAUCUGAUCACUCGACUUUUGUUCCAUUGUGCUGAGUUUUGACAAUGGCUUCCGUUCUCAACGGUCUCGAAGACAGAUACAAGGGCGUCACGAUUGAUACCGAGUUUGCUGCAGAGCUCGCCAACAACGCAGAUCAGGCGCGCUUCAAGACACUCCUCACAGACUCGCUGACCGCGUGGAGACGGGAAGGCAAGCGUGGAAUUUGGCUUCGCAUUGCGCUCAAGGACGCGCAUUACAUUCCCAUCGCCGCCGAAGAGGGCUUUGUCUUUCAUCAUGCCGAGCCGCUGCAUGUCAUGAUGACGCGCUGGUUGCCCGAAGACGAGCCAUCCCAGCUGCCCACCUACGCGACCCACUAUGUUGGUGUCGGCGGGUUUGUGCUCAACGACCAAAACGAAUUGCUGGUUGUGUCAGAGCGAUACGGUGACAAACCAAUGUGGAAGCUCCCAGGCGGUCAUGCCAACCGAGGCGAAGAUCUCGGCCAAGCCGCCAUUCGAGAAGUGUUUGAGGAAACUGGCAUUGAAUCCGAAUUCAUCUCGCUGACGGCAUUCCGACACCAACACAAGUACUUGUUCGAGACAUCUGACUUGUACUUUGUGUGCCGUCUCAAGGCCCUGAGUUUGGAAAUCAAGCAUGAUCCCCGAGAGAUUUCUGCGUGUCGAUGGCUUCCCCUCGACCAGUACAUUGCCGAUCCUUCCGUCUCAUACACAAACAAACACAUUGCCACGUGCAUCAAGCUCGGACUGGAAAAGAGCGACACAACCUGGGAAAUGACGGCGGCCGCUGUGCCUUCCUUCAACCGCAAGGCGACCAACCUGCUGUAUUGCACCAAGAAUGCAGACGCCAGCCAAAUCUUGUGUCCGGAACCUGUUGAAGGCGAUGAAAGCCAAGCCAAUGCGGCUGCUGCUGCGGCUGCUGGUGCUGACAACAAGACUGCCCCCGAGUGGCGACGCGAGCGUCGGCGGUCGUUGCGCAUCAACAUGCAGAUGCAAGCCGAGCGUUUGGCCAAGUCCAGCAAGCGAGGCGACGACGACGACAUUCGCUCUCCGGAGGUCGCGCAAGAUGGCAACACGAGUAAACCGGACAUUUACAGCGAUCCGGCCAUCAUCGCGGCGCUCGCGAUUGCCGAGGCCGAGGAGAAGGGCCGAAAGUCGCCGCUCCCUGCGCCUGCUCCAUUGUCGUCCAACUCGUCGCUCGAUGGUCUGCCCACGUCCGUGAGUCCCGUGUCGGCGUUUGCGCACGUGCAGCACGCUUCGAAUCUCACGCGCUCGCGCAGCCGCGCCUCAAGUCGCGCCAAUGCGAAGGAGCUGGUCAUUGAUCCGGCCAGGCCCACUUCGUUUGUUGUUAUUGUUGGCGGUACCGGUGACGGCAAUGCGUCGCCCCGUCAACGCUACUCUGUGCACGAAAACCUGCAGCAGUCUCAGCAAUUGUCGAGCGCUGGUAGCUCGACUGCGUCGCUGGAUGCGUGCACUUUGCCGACCAUUUCCGGCGAGUAACCACGAGUUUUGAGUUUGAUGAUGUCUGUUUGUUUUUAUGGUGUUUUUAUUUGCUUUUGCUGCUGCUUGGUCCCCUUGCGUUUGGUUGCGUGACCAGGAUGAAUUUUUUUUUUCGUGGCCAUGGCGCAUUGUCAUUGCAGAGUGUCUGUGAUGCAUUUCGUGCCUUUCUCUUUGGCUCCUUUUAGCGCCCGUUGAAAUCUACAAUGAGCGUGUCGUAACUGUAAAAUACAAGUUCUUCA